AUGGAAGAUUUACAGCCAAUGUCAGCAGUUGAGCAAACUUCUUUCUGUGUGGAAUUGAUGAAGCGCCUGAACAUUCAGCGAAAACAAGAUUAUUUGUGCGACAUUACUUUGGUGACGAACGACGACAGAGAGUUUAAGGCUCACAGAAAUGUUCUUUCCGCCGCAAGUCCGUUCUUUUGCAAGCUUCUGCAGAGCGACAUGAAGGAGAAUCGAGAAGGAAUCGUUCGAUUUGAGGAGAUCUCAGGAUCUGUUAUGGAAGAUAUUUUGGAAUUCGUCUACACAGGAACUGUGGAAGUAACUCAGGAGAAUGCUAAGGAAUUGAUCGCCGCUGGGAACUACCUGAUGAUGCCGAGCUUGAAAACAGUUUCGGGGCGAUUUUUGGAUCAAGAAAUGUCCAUGUCUAACUGCAUUUCAACUUUUUAUUUUUGCUGA